CGAAUCUCAUGUGGUGAAGGGAUUCUGGGGAUCCCGUCCGCCAUGAAGAUUGAGCCGGCGGAUGUCCCCGAUUUACAGGGACGGAUGCGAGAGAUGUGGCGGCAAGGGUAUCUAUGUGACGUCACCUUACAGAGUUGUGAUGGUCAAAGCUAUCCUUGUCAUCGCAUCUUCUUAUCGGCCUUCAGUGAUAGCUUGAAAUCGCUGCUGGGUCAAGCCUUCCGUGAAGGGCAGCAAAUACAGCAGGGAGAAGCCAUUGAAAUCGCUGCCACUGGUGAUGCGGUUGGUGCCUUUCUCUGUCUUCUUUACGGCGAAGCAGCUGAUAUCACCGUGGAUGUCGCGAUGGAGCUGCUGCGGCUCGCGGAAGCCUAUGACUUGAAAGAGCUCGUGGCACAGGUGGAAUCGGAACUGCGAGCGUCACUGGAUGUUUCGAUUGCAUUGCAACUACUGCAGCAGAUCCACGCUUUGGGUCACACAGAUUUGAGACACGCAUGUGAAACUGAGAUUGCCCGCAACUUUGAGAGCUGUGUGACGAUGAUAGGCUUCACCAAACUCAGUGCCCCACAGGUGGCCCGCAUUUUGGUGAGAAAUGAUUUGUGGGUGACACGAGAAGAGAUUGUGCUGCAGGGGCUCUUCAUAUGGAUAAAGGCUGGCACUGACAGAAAGACCCAUUUUGGCACAUUGUUGCAAAAUAUCGAUUUCCGAUCCCUCUGGACCGAGAAUCUGAAACGAUUGGUCGUGUUCGCACAGUCCAUGGGGCAAGAUGGCUUCGAACUCCAGUCCUCAGCGGAUGAAGCCUUGAAAUUAUUGCAGCGAAACUACGAUCACCGCCCUUAUCGCCGAUGCUUGGAAGACUGGUCACCUGAGCUGGGGUCCUUUUCAAGAUGGUAUUCCUGGGGCAUCUGGGUUGCAGGAGAUUGGAGCCCAGGACCACACAGAGCAAUGCAAACAAAGAGCUUCUGUUCUCACCAGGGUCAUUUCUACAUCGCAGGUGGAGAUCUGACCCGGUGGAAGCCAAGUGCGAGUCAUGGGCAUUGCUUGGUUGCCAAGGACGUGGGCACCGUGGAGAGAGUUGCCAUCUCUCCUCAGGGGGAAGUCUAUUUGAUUAUGAGACGGAACGCGUUUCCCUCCUUCAGGUAUGAGCUUUGGGUCUAUGACUCUCAUGAAACUUUGGAACAGGAUCAACCCACAACAGUGGUCGAAACAGAUGCCGGCUCCUUGUUGGUGGCCUGCGUGUUUUUUUCCUGUGGUACCUUUUGGCGGGCUUUGGUAUUCCAUAUUUUUCAUUGUUCAUCCGAUCUUUGAUGGUGAAACCAUCCACCAGAUAGUCUUUCACCGGGCCGAUGCCUGCUACUUUUCCGGGCCUCAACCAUCUAUGAGGAUCGUGGAUCAAUGAUUGUUCUUGCUCUCCAGACGGUGCUUUUUACAUGCUGUGGGGCAACAUGUCAAGCGCUUGGGAUGGUGUGACGCGAUUGAGCGGAUCCAAUCUGGUGCCUGUCCCUGUGAAUUUCCCGCCUGGGUUUGUGCCAGAUAAGAUUUUCGCAUCCCGAGGGGAAGUUCUCUACAUCGCCGGGCAUACAGAAGAUGAGAACUCGGACAGCGAUUCGUCCGAGAUGUACAUGGAGCGCCUGAUACUGCGUGUCGAUCCGGGCCAGAGCGAGCCAGUCGUUGUCGGGCAGGGGCAAGGAAAUGUUCCUUAUGGGUUGUUUGUGACAGACGCUGGCAAGAUCUACAUGGCCACCCAUAGCAGGAUUGAGAUCUUCAAUCCUGGUGACACCACUGCAGUGCGCAUGCUGGACCUCUGUGUUCUCCCAAUGGCUCUGUUGGUCCAGGAAGAAGCAUUGUAUGUUCUGGGCAUUUCCGGGCCAGUCUGGAAAUUCGCAUUCCCUCCAGCAAUUGAACUUGAGUGAUCUGCUGGUCCAAAA